UCGAAUAGUUCGAUUAAUGUCCCCCCGGUAGAACCUUCCCGAGGGCACUGGCCACUCCGGGUGUGGCCAAUCCAGUCAAAAUGGCAAUUUUCAUUACCAGUUUAAAAAACCAUGAAUUUUGAUACCCAUAUUGCCCCAAGUCGUAUGGUUCGAUUAAUGUCCCCCCGGUAGAACCUUCCCGAGGGCACUGGCCACUCCGGGUGUGGCCAAUAUCCUAUAAAUGUGGUCCCAAGCCCAUUGCCCCAAAUCAUUCUGGUCUGGUGACCGUCCUUACAAUCUUCAUAAGAACAGAAUUCCUCCCAAUUUAGUGCACAAACUGUGUCUUUCAAUGUGUGCGUGUGUGUGUGUGAGCAAUAAAAUUACCACCGUGGAUUCGCCUUUGUCGAAACCUCGUCAGGUACUGAAUUUUUCUGAGGCUAUCUGUUAGCUUAAAUAGUUCGCAUGAAAUGUGGCAACAGUGGUGCAACAUUCUCGCGUGACAGUUCCUCGAAAACAGGAGAGAAGGCAAAAUUUGCUAAGUGCUCUCAGCCAAUCAGCAGCCGGUAUUUUUCCUGCAUUCAUUUUUUAUUUUCAUCUUAACUUUUGAAUACUUUAACAAAGUUUUAUCAACUUUGUGAAAUAGUCUACUUGCAAUUUAAGGCUUCCCCUUUCGUUUGGUGGAUAAAGCAUGCAGAUUGCUUGAAUUGGGUGGAAGAUAUAAGCGUUUAAACAAUUACACAAAUCGUUACACUUUCGCUUCGCGAAAUUUUGGAUUGACACCCGUAGACAGUGCCCUUAGGACAAAGUUCUUUGUCAAAAACACCCAAAAGUCAAAAACUGGAAAUUUGGUUUAUUUGACCUUUUUUUUAAAAAAAAACCUCAAAACACAUCUGCGAUCGCACACCGGUGAAAAGCCGUACACCUACCACCCAAGUUGUAGCAGGGCGUUCAGCAACGCGUCCGAUCGGGCAAAACACCACGGCGGGAGAGACGACGGGGAAAGCUCGAACCACUUGUUCGUUCAACGGAAGCCCCCCGGUCAGAGGCUAUGCAGAGUGGCAAGUCAACGAGCAUGAGCAGUCCGAGCAUCAAGUCGGGGUCGGACGCACACUCUUUGGGUUAGCCGUCGAUCAGCAGUCCGAUGUCGAUUCCGGCGCUUACUGCUGAGCUGGUGGACGACAACGACGGCAGCCGCAUGCAGCUGGGCAGUCUUGGAUACAUUAAUUCACGGCGUGGCCGUACGCGGACGAGGAUUUGGAGUCGCCGAUCUGGCACACGUUCUGCGGGAAAUGGUUGACCUCGGUGGUCCAACCACAGUGACAGCUGGUGCCGGAGAUCCUCGGAAUUGAUUCCAGAACCACAUCAACAACAAGGGUUCUCUAAUGAGCUAUCCGCUGCCCAAAAUCCCGGAGAUCAACAGUCAGCUCCACUUUGAGCUUAACAUCGGCAUAGUGACAAAGUAAUCGGCCUGGAUUAUCUUCGUUACGGCGGUGCCAGUGACGGCCGAUGCAGCAGCAGUCGCCAGACCAAACUGCUCCCUCGUCUCAGUUUCCUCCUUGAAGGAAGCAAUCGGCACAUCGGUGAACAUCACCUUGGCGGCCGGGACAACUUCCAGCAGCGUAGCUUGAUCCUUUUCCUGCUCCUUAAGAUUACGGUAAAAGAACAGGUCGGAUCUAACUGGAGAAGGUGCUUACUGCUAGGCUGGUGGACGAUUACAACGGCGGCAGGGUGAGUUUGAAAGCUGAUCCAGUGACGUAUUGAGCUUGUCUAACUCAUGGUCUCUCAAUUUCAGGCCGCCAACCUGCCCGUCUUGCGGGAAAUGGUUGAUCUCGGUAGUCCGGCUUCGGCGACAGCUGGUACUGAUUGCCGUUGCCCUUUGCCAAGAACAACUGCCAGAUGACGGAUUCGGGAGGUUACAGCAUGCGCUCGGCGGACAUUAGCAGGCGGAUUAGCCAAGCAUCGCUACAAUGCUCGAUCUCGACUAUGCGCCCAAGCAGCUACUACAACUCGUCGUUCUACAUUCCGAGCUCACCGGGAAGCUCGUGGCGGUUCAGUUCCAUGUCUCACCGCCAGCCAGCAAAUUCCACCCCAACCAGGACGCCGUGUUGGCCGAGGUCGAAGACGGUGAAAUGGCCGAGAACAAGAUGGGCCACGUGACGUGACGAUUUGCAGCAGCAUCUGCAUGACAAAACAGCUUCCUCCAGGACCGGCCAGAACAGCCUUCAGCAGCACCGAUUAGUCUUUCAGAUCACGGUAAUAGAACAGGUCGUAUCUGCAGCUGAAUAAUAAAUAAAUAUAUUGUAUUUUAUAAAACAUAUUUUGCAUGAAUAAAAAUUUCGCUGUUUAUUUAUUUUCAAUUAAAUUAAAUUUAAAUCGGAUUCCAAAAGAAAAAUCAAAAGCGCCCAAAGAUAGGCAACCUGCAAAGCCUCUGAAUCCGGUGAAAUAUUUCGCCAUGGUCGAACUCGGCAGUGCAUGAAAAUCAUGACAUUUUAAGAUAGACCCACUAAACCAUAAAAAUGGUUAUAUGGGUUGAACUCGAAUUUUCAUGAUAAUAACCAUAAAUAUGGUUUUAUUUGGUGAGCGUGUGGAUUCUUAAUAAGAGAUAUUAAAUUUAAAUUAAAGUAUAAGAUUGGACAAUGUGUUUAUUUAUUCAAAAAUUCUGUACAAUAAAUAAAUGAAAAAAGACUGCUUUCACAAUAUAAUAAUAAAAAUAAUGGAUGUUUCCGAGCUAAUACCGCUGUUUCAAGUUAAAUGUUCCGCCCACCGGUCCUAGCUUGUUUGCUUUUUGGAGCAACCUCAUGCCUCCAUUCAAAUGAACCUUGGUCUUGGUCCAGCCGGAACCAGCUUUGGUGUUGCGAAGUCAACGCGAAUCAUUUCCGAUUUGCUGUCUGCCACGAACCUAGAGAAAAAAAAUGCAUAAGUAUAUUCCAAAUCAAUUUGAGCCAGUAUCACCCACUGGAAGGUCUGUUCAACCUACUGCCGUUUUCGGCAGCGGACUGCGCCAUGGUCCAGUUAUCGUUGUAGGUUCCAACGGCGGAACUGACCAUCUCCGGAACGUCGCGAAUGCCGGUCUUGACUUCAUGCCCAGCAGCUCGGUCAGGUCCCCGCGGCGGUGUGGAAACUUGUGGAACGCGCGCUUUUCUUUCAGUUCGUCAGCAUCAGAAGAAUAAUUGAACGACAUUGUAAGCGAACCUUUUUGGCCGGUUCCGAUCGCAAACCAGCGUCCUGUCAAGUAAGUUGAUGCCCAGCAAUUCCCAAAUGUUUGGUGGCGCUGUUUCGGGAAUAACAUUUCAGAGGGUCACAAAUCAAAAUAUAAUAAGUCUUAUUUAAUUUUUUGGAAAAUAAUCCUGUAGCUGCUCAUAUUGAUUCUUUUCAUUAAAAUAAACCUUAAAUGCCGCCAACAACAAAAUAUGUUUAGCAGUUGCUCCUCUGCAUUCGACUUGUUCGGAUCGUUUUCUUAGCGCGUGUUCUCAUUAUUGUGUACAAUAUGGAAACAAAAGAACCUCAGUUUACAAAAGUAAAAUCUGCUCAACUAAAGGGCUGGAAACGGGAAUAUCCCAAGUCAGCAAUUGGACCAUUUGCCGUUUUCUUCAGGCAGCAAGACUCCCCGAUAAACCUGAUAACCGUAGCUGAUACUAUCAACCGGUAUUAUUCAUCGGUAGAAAGAAUCAGCAAAGAAAAUCGACACACCGUGAAAGUUAUCCUAACCGAUCGAGAAGAAGCGAACCAUCUCCCACAAAAUCCGACAUUUACACCGUCCUAUUGUGUGUACGUGCCGUGUCGUUAUGUGGAGAUUGAUGGAAUCGUCGACGAACCAGGACUUAACCCGACUGAGCUCAUCAAACACGGAGUUGGAAAAUUCAGAAACCCCCGCAUGGACAGUGUACGCAUUGUUCGGUGCAACCAGUUGGUCAAGUUUUCAUCUGAUAUCAAUGAAUAUCUUCCUACAAAAGGAUCGCGUGUCACCUUCGCUGGAACCAUACUACCGGACUUUAUUGAGUACAAGCGUGUACUCAUUCCCGUUCGAUUGUUCAUACCCAAGGUCAUGUACUGCAACAAAUGUCAUCGAUAUGGACAUACGGUAAAAUUUUGUCGUAACCCUGAACAGCCACCACAACAAGUUUGUAAUAACUGCAAAAUCACUCAUUCUCGGAUUUCGGAUUGUACAAAUUUCAAGGCCAUGGCACUCAAACAGAAAAAACAGUACAAGGAGGCGUACAAAAAACACUUGGUAGUCUCAACUGAGCAACGCAAUCAGACUACAGUGAACCUCAAACCUCAACACGAAGCGACACACUCUCACUCGAGCACUCAGCAAAACCUUCAACAGAAAUGCUCACGCAAGGUCACCCCACUCUUCACUCUUCCUCAGCUGGUAUCCCUAAUCUGCGAUGCAACAGGAGUUGAAGACAACUGGAGAGAAAUAAUCAACACGGCGAUGCCUUUCUGGAAACACCUCUGGAAAUAUAUUGUUUUUAAGAUUCCUGAAUUAGAUCAUCUUGUAACAAUUUAAAGUUACAAUCCAUGUAAUCAGACUCUCGGCUCCGUAAAGAUUAUUCGAUUGAGCCUAAAUAAAUAAACCAAUUGAAAAAAAAAAAAAAUAAAUAUGUUUAGCAUCAGGUCUCAGGCAAAGCUUCCCAGCAGGUGUCUUUUUCAAAUCCUCUGAAAUGUCUUCCGCAAAUUCUUAUUUGGCCAAUGAACUUACAGAUCAUCAUAAUGUUAAUUUAAAUCUACAAUUUGAGGCGGUUGAGCUCAACCAUGUUGUUGGGUAACUUUAAGAGCGAGUCCACGAACAGGGCAUAGCCCAUUGUUAGGGACGUUGUGGGGCUCACGUUGUGGGGCUUUACAAAAAAGCAUGUUUUUGAGUCAAACAAACCAACUUCUUUGGUACCCCGUGGUUUGAAUGUGUUGGUAAAUUUUCGACAAGAAAGCCAGAACCUCUAUUUUUAGACAUAAAAGUUCAAAUUUAGAAACUAAUUUUGUUGUUUUGUGUCUAUUCCUACUGAAACAAAUUAAAAAAUAUUCAAAUAUUGUGCAAAAACAUUGCUAAAAUCACUUCUCAAUUCACCCCAUGUGUCUCGAUUUGCCCCGGAUAAUGGUACACAUUUAAUUUGAUUUUAACUAACGAAACAAAAAUAAAGAAAAAAAUAUUUUCGUCCUUUCGAUUUUGCGCCCUUUUCGUCAUGUUACUCCCCAUAAUUUUGACACUAGACACCAAAACUUUGGUACUUUUUAGGCUUCAGUGACAUUGUAUGCAGAUGACAGCCGAAGCAUCCCCGUGAAUUAUUCUAAUGGUACGUUCGUUUGAAGAGCCGGUGCGGCACUGAGUGCCGCACUCGUCGAGUGCCAGUUUUGGUUCAAACGAACGGUCUAGUUUUACUCUCAGUUUUUGUGCUUGUGUGCGUGCGUGGUGUUUUGUUUUGGUUCAAAAAACGUCAGUCAAAAUGAGAUCGUUGCGAAUUGAACGUACCUUCGCGCUGGUAUUAAUGGUGUAUGUCUCGUAUCCUGUCUCAGGAACGAUCAUUGGAACCCGGAAAGCGGUUCGUAAGAACCUGGAGCUUACUUUUGGUUUGAGAUGGCCGUUCUCUAAUGAGCUUCAGGUUUACUAGCAAGAGUGACAGUUACCAACGAAAUUCCAUAAACCUGAAGUUCUUCAAAUAUUCUUAAAAUAAUAAAAUUAAAAAAAAGUAUUUUAGAAUUUAAAAAAAAUAUAUUUUUUUUUAAUAAUUAUAUCAAUUUAAUGAAAUAUAGGUCAUUAAUAUAUUUGAGAAUUUUAAGAAUUUCUGUAAUUUUAGAAUUUUAUUAAAUUUUAACACAGGAAAUUCAUAUUUCUGAUUAAAGUUAGAUUGAGAAUUUUUGGAAUUUAAAGAUUACAGAAAUUCUCAAAAUUAAUAAAUCCAGAAAAAAAAAUUCCAUAAGCAUUUAAAAUUUAUCAAAAAAAAACUAUAAUUUCCAAUAAUUGAAGAAUAUUCGAAAACGCUAACAUAUCUUAAUUCCAGAUUCUUUAAAAUCACAUUUUUUUUAUUUUAAAAAUCCAAAAACUUUGGAAAUUUCCAAAAGGUAUAAAUUACUGAAGAUUUUUAAAUUCUAAUCAUUCAUAAAACUCUUAAAUUCCAAAAACUAUACCUCAAAACAAUCCUACAAAAUAAUUGAGUAAAGAAAUUCCUGAAAUUCUAAACUUACAGACAUUUCUUAAAUUCCUAAAUAACCUAACAUUUCUGAAUUCCCAAAAAUAUCUAAAAAUUUUUAAAACUCCUAAAAUUCCAGAAAUUAAAAAAAAAAACCUAAA